UAUAACUGUAAUGUUGCACUGUUCUUUAUUCAGAGGUUGGCUCACUCUACAUGACUGUCUCUGCUCUGUCCAUGUGUGUGCGCACGCGUGUGUGUGCGUGGGUGUGUGUCUCUCCUUCAGACCACUCGUUAAAAUGACUAUUCUGUCCUAAUCCAGGUGAGUGUAUUCUAUCCUAAUCCCAGUGAGUGAAUUUAUAUGUUCAGAGUGCAUGGUGCGACUAUCCCUGGUUCACACACACGCAUACACAUACCAUUAGCUUUGGCAUUUGUUAUCAUUGUGGAUUUUCUGACGUCAAGUCCUCAUUGUGAUUAUUUUUGCCAUUAUUUCUGCCCUGCCAUAUUUUCCCUGUAUCACUGCGAUUGCUAUGAUUAUUAACGUUUGCCUGGUCAGAGCUCACUUCAUGAAACGAGCCAGUUUUAAGGAGGCGCUCGCAUCACCUGCAAACGCGUGUUCUAACGUGAGGAGACGCCGGCGUUUAAAGCGUGUGUCCUGCGUGUGAGCAUCAUGGAGCCGCUCCUUAUUUGGGCGUCAGCGGGACUCCCGCACCCCCCGCGACCCGCCCGGCGACGCUGCACCGCGGCUCAGGUUCCCGAUGUCGCUUUAUUAGGAAGAGCCGGAAGCGGCUGAGUGACUGACGGGAGACUGCGAACCUCGGAACGAGCAGACCCCGCUGCCUUUGGACGGAGAUUUGGAAAAUAUCAAAUAAAAUAACGGAAUAUCAAUUCACAGAAUUCACAGUUGGCAGAGAUGGAAGCCCUGAUGCACAGGCUGGAGCAGGCUGUUGUCCGGCUGGAGGGCGUGUCCCUCAGGAUGCAGACCUCGGGCGGGGGCGUGGCCAACGGAGACAUUGCCAAUGGAAUCAAUGGAGUGCCUCAGGCUGUGGAGGCGUUUGACCUGCUGCUGGGCGGGCCGGUGUCCGACUACCUGAGGAUCAGCAGAACCAUCGGAGAGGACGUAGAGAAGCACGCAGAGAUGGUCAGCAGUGCUCUAGAGGAACAGCGCAAUUUCCUGAAGAUGGCCAGCACACACCAGCAGCCCGCAGAGACGGAGCUGUCGGGUUUGCUGCGGCCCAUCUCUGAAAAGAUCCAGGAAAUCCAGAACUUCCGCGAGAGGAACCGCGGCAGUAGCCUGUUCAACCACCUGUCUGCAGUGAGCGAGAGCAUCCCAGCGCUGGGCUGGGUGGCUGUGUGUCAGAAGCCGGGGCCGUAUGUGAAGGAGAUGAAUGAUGCUGCCAUGUUUUACACAAACCGCGUUCUGAAGGACUACAAAGACACGGACAGGAAGCAUGUGGACUGGGUGCGGUCCUACCUCAACAUCUGGACAGAGCUGCAGGCGUACAUCAAGCAGCACCAUACCACCGGCCUGGUGUGGAGCCAGAACGGUCCAAUGGUGUCCUCUGUACCUGUCCCAUCCCCCGGGGGCCCCUCUCUUCCUCCACCCCCUCCCCCUCCCCCUCCUCCCCCAGUCUGCGCAGACGAGGACUCCAAACCUGACUCUGCCACCCUGCACACCGCCCUGUUUGCGCAGCUCAACCAAGGAGAGGCCAUCACUAAAGGUCUGAAGCACGUCUCUGAUGACCAGAAGACCCACAAGAACCCGGGCCUGCGCUCUCAGGGCUGGGGGACGGCCUCCUCCCCACACAAGACCCAAUCCCACAGACCCCCCAGCUCUCAGGCACCUCCCCAGAAGCGGCCCCCCCUGCUGGAGCUGGAGGGGAAGAAGUGGAGGGUGGAAUACCAGCACCAGGCCCCUGACCUCGUGAUCACAGACACCGAGCUGAGACAGGUGGUCUACAUCUUCAGCUGCACCAACUCCACCCUGCAGAUCAAAGGCAAAGUCAACUCCAUCAUAGUGGAUAACUGCAAGAAGCUGGCUCUGGUGUUUGACAAUGUGGUGGGCAUCGUGGAGAUCAUCAACUCAAAAGACAUUCAGCUGCAGGUGAUGGGCAGAGUGCCCACCAUCUCCAUCAAUAAGACAGACGGCUGCCAUGUAUACCUGAGCCAGGACGCCCUCGGCUGCGAGAUCAUCAGUGCCAAGAGCUCCGAAAUGAACAUCCUGCUGCCACACGGAGACGACUACAGAGAGUUCCCGGUCCCUGAGCAGUUUAAGACCGUUUGGGAUGGGUCCAAGCUGGUGACGGAGCCUACCGAGAUCGCUGGCUGAUUGCUGCUUCAUCACCAUCAUCAUCUUCCUUAUUUUUUAUUCUGCAGUCUCACACAUCAGCUUUGAAACCACAAAUCAACAGAAAAGUCAACAAGUCAGGGAAACAAAUAACUCAAACACAGCAACACACUAGAACACAGUAGCCAAUCAGCUCAGUGGAUUCAGGCCACAGGCUCUACAGCACUUUGAAAUGGAUUCUUUGUGUGAGUAUACACUUCAGCCAGCUCCUCUUACAAAUAUUUGUGUACAAAAAUGCACAUAUUCCCCUCUCUCAAACACACACACACAGAAAAACAUAUACAUCCAUGGAGAUAGUACUGGAAAUUGGAUUUUUUAAUCUAAGGCACUUUAACAAGUGAUGAAGUGAUGGUACCAGGAUGCAAACUAAAUGGUGUAACUGAGACCAGCAUAGCAUGGAGGGGCCGGUGCUCACCACCCCACUGUGUGUACGGGAUCCACACUCUUCAGCACAGCAUGGAGGGGCUGGUGCUCACCACCCCACUGUGUGUACGGGAUCCACACUCCAGAAAACUGCUGCAGUACAACAAACAGCAGGUCAACUGAGCUCUGCUGAACUGUGAAACUGAAUUCCGAUCCACAUACAACAGAAAGUGGGCUAAACAAACUUGCCUUUGUUUGCGAGUGAAUUCAGGUUUGAUUGCAUUUGCUUGGUCUGAAAGUACCCAGGUGAAUCAGCUGAGGGUGACUUUGGGGGUCUGCAUCUUUGUGGCAGUCACUGU